AUGCCCAUCCAUUUGCCUUCGUUGGUUCACUCCAUUAUGCCCAUCCAUUCAUCGCGACCAUUAUGCCCAUUCGUUAGUUCACACAACCAUUAUGCCCAUCCAGUGCCUUCGUUGACCAUUUCGCCCAUCCAUUAUGUUAGUUCCAACCGUGCCUUUCGUUGGUUCACACCAUUAAUCCAUUAUGACCCCAUCCAUUGCCUUCUUCACGACCAUUAUGCCCAUCCAUUGCCUUCGUUAGUUCGCCCAUUAUCCAUUGCCUUCGUUGAUUCAGCCAGUGCCUUCGUUGUUCCUUGCAACCAUUAUGCCCAUCCAUUGCCUUCGUUGGUUCACUUUGACCAUUAUGCCCAUCCAUUUGCCUUCGUUGGUUCACACAACCAUUAUGCCCAUCCAUUGCCUUCGUUAGUUCACGACCAACCAUAUGCCCCUUCCUUCGUUAGUUCACCUGGCCAUUAUGCCCAUCCAUUGCCUUCGUUAGUUCACACACGACCAUUAUGCCCAUCCAUUGCCUUCGUUGAUUCACGACCAUUAUGCCCAUCCAUUGCCUUCGUUAGUUCAGCCAUUGCCUUCGUUAGUCCACUGGCCAUUAUGCCCAUCCAUUGCUUCGUUAGUUCACACAACCAUUAUGCCCAUUCAGUGCCUUCGUUAGUUCGCACAGCCAUUAUGCCCAUCCAUUGCCUUCUUCCCACAACCAUUUGCCCAUCCAUUGCCGUUAGUUCGUUACACAACCAUUAUGCCCAUCCAUUGCCUUCGUUAGUUCACACAACAUUAUGCCCAUCCAUUGCCUUCGUUAUGCCCAUUAUGCCCAUCCAGUGCCUUCGUUCCACACAACCAUUAUGCCCAUUCACACAACCAUUAUGCCCAUCCAUUGCCUUCUUCACACAACCAUUAUGCCCAUCCAUUGCCUUCGUUAGUUCACAACCAUUAUGCCCAUCCAGUGCCUUCGUUAGUUCACAACCAUUAUGCCCAUCCAUUGCCGUUAGUUCGCACAACCAUUAUGCCCAUCCAGUUCUGCACAACCAUUAUGCCCAUCCAGUGCCUUCGUUAGUUGCACAACCAUUAUGCCCAUCCAUUGCCUUCGUUAGUUCACACAACCAUUAUGCCCAUCCAUUGCCUUCGUUAGUUCACAACCAUUAUGCCCAUCCAUUGCCUUCGUUAGUUCGCACAACCAUUAUGCCCAUCCAUUGCCCGUUAGUUCGCACAACCAUUGCCCAUCCUUGCCUUCGUUAG